AUGACGCUGAAGACCGCUGUCCAGGAACCAGAUAAUGGUUUAACCGACAAGUCGUCGGUCACGGAACAACCCGAUGAGGAGGCGGCACCCCCCGCACCUUACAAGAGUGAUGCUCCAGAUGGUGGUGUCACUGCCUGGCUCGUCGUGCUCGGUGCUUGGUGCACAUCCUUUUGUAGUUUCGGAUGGAUCAACAGUGUCGGAGUCUUCCAGGAGUACUACCAGAAUACUCUCCUUAACAAGUACUCCGCCAGUACUAUCUCAUGGAUCCCUUCCCUGCAAAUUUUCUUCAUGAUGGCUAUGGGUCCGAUCAUCGGCAUGCUGUAUGAUCGACAUGGACCUCGUCAACUUAUCCUUAUCGGGACCUUUCUCCACGUAUUCGGCAUUAUGAUGACCUCACUCGGCACGGAGUAUUAUCAGAUCAUGCUUGCCCAGGGUGUUUGCUCUGCUCUGGGAGUCUCUGCCAUCUUCCAGCCAGCGCUCAACACCAUCCACGGCUGGUUUAGCACUAACAGUGGUGCCGCCUUUGGUAUUCUCGCCACGGGUUCCAGUCUUGGCGGUGUUAUAUUCCCCAUCAUGGUCACACGUCUUAUCGAAAAGGUUGGCUUCGGCUGGUCGAUGCGCAUCUGCGGCUUUCUCCUCCUCGCCCUGCUUAUUGUCGCCAACUUGACAGUCCGUGCUUUCCACCCUCCCCGUCCUAAGAACAUCACCAAGGAGGAACUCGCAAGGCCCUUCCAUGAGCCCGAGUUUAUCUUGCUUACUAUCGGCUUUUUCCUAUUUACGUAUGGCAUCUACGUGCCUAUCAACUACCUUCCCGUCCAGGCACAAGCCACUGGUAUGGAUCCCAACCUUAUCGAGUAUCUUGUCCCCAUUCUUAACGCCGCGAGUCUCUUUGGUCGUAUCUUCUCCGGCGUCAUGGGCGACCGCGUCGGUCGGUAUAACAUCUUUGUCAUCGUUGGCUACCUCACUUCUAUCUGGACCCUUGCGCUGUGGAUCCCUGUGAGCAACACUGGUGGAAUCAUCGCCUUUGCCGCACUCUUUGGUUUCUGCUCUGGCGCAUACGUUUCCCUCAUCGCACCUUUAGUGGCACAGAUCUCACCUAUUCAAGAGAUUGGUUUUAGAACAGGCAUCGUAUUCUUUAUUUCUAGUAUCGGUGGCUUAACUACUAACCCUAUUAACGGUGCCAUCAUGGACGGUGCCGAUGGGUUGAGGGGUAUCAAGAUCUUUGCCGGCGCCUUCUGCUUCGCUGGCACAGUGUUUAUUAUGGCUGCAAGGAUUCAUCGAAUGGGAUGGAGUCUCACUGCGAAGUUCUAA